AGCCGGCCGGGCCCGGCACCCAGGCGCCUCCCCCACCUGCCCAGCCCAGCCCCGGGGAGCCGGCCGGCCCGGGGUUCGCUCCCGGGGGAGGGGACUUUCGGGGGGUACCGGGCGGGGGGAGUCGCGAGCCAGAGGGGAGGGGGCGGCGGGUUUUCAUGUGCCCAGCAUGAGCUCCUACUUCGUCAACCCCCUGUUCUCCAAAUACAAAGGCGGCGAGUCCCUGGAACCGGCCUAUUACGACUGCCGGUUCCCUCAGAGCGUGGGCAGGAGCCAUGCGCUGGUGUAUGGGCCCGGCGGCUCCGCGCCCGGCUUCCAGCACGCCUCGCACCACGUCCAAGACUUCUUCCACCACGGCACCUCGGGCAUCUCCAACUCGGGCUACCAGCAGAACCCGUGCUCGCUGAGCUGCCACGGAGACGCCUCCAAAUUCUAUGGCUACGAGGCGCUCCCCAGACAGUCCCUUUAUGGGGCUCAGCAAGAGGCGAGCGUGGUGCAAUAUCCCGACUGUAAAUCCUCCGCCAACACUAACAGUAGCGAAGGACAAGGCCACUUAAAUCAAAACUCGUCUCCCAGCCUCAUGUUUCCAUGGAUGAGACCCCACGCUCCGGGGCGGCGCAGCGGAAGGCAAACUUACAGCCGGUAUCAGACCUUGGAACUAGAAAAGGAGUUUCUCUUUAAUCCUUAUUUGACACGAAAGCGCCGGAUUGAAGUCUCUCACGCCCUGGGACUGACUGAGAGACAAGUGAAGAUCUGGUUCCAGAACCGAAGGAUGAAGUGGAAAAAGGAGAACAACAAGGAUAAACUGCCCGGAGCCCGAGAGGAAGAGAAGGUGGAGGAGGAAGGAAACGAGGAAGAGGAGAAAGAAGAGGAGGAAAAGGAAGAAAACAAGGACUAAGCAAAAGAGAGAGACCCCCCCCCUCCCUUAGCAACUCCCUUGAAGUUUCGUUUUAUGGUAGCGGAUAAAUUGAGAAGUUUACGACUGUCAUUUGCUUUUAUAGAGAAUAGAAUGACACUCACAACUCUAACUACCUGUCAGAUACUUGCAGCUCUGGUUUUAUUACCUUUGGACUUCCCCCCCGAUCUUUAUUUGUUUGGGGGCCGGGGGGGGGAGACCGAGACACAGCGGAAAGUUGGGACUCUGUCUCAGUCCUUGCCCCAACACACACACUUGUCCCUACCCCCACCCUUUGGAGUCCUGCCUGGAUCUUAAGGUCUGAGACCUGGCCCCUUCGCCCCCCUCACCCCUUCUUGCCACACUCCCACCUCCCUGCUUCUCUGGUAUUUAUUUUAGAGGGGGAGCCCUCUCAAAAUGCGGAAGAAGACUUGUGGCUUUGUUUUUACGCGAGGACUAUGUGUUAGAUUUACUUCUUUUCAAAAGAAAGGAAAGAAAAGUGAAGGAAGGAAGGGAAAGAAAGGGAGAUGUUUAAAGAAAUUUUUUAAAUGAUAGCAAGGAAUAUCCCUUCUCCCUCUCUGGGGCUCCCCCACUUAGAAAGACCCCCUUGACUUUCUCAAGAAACCUGCUGGAAACCUGAAAGAGAUGCGGGUCUCUCCCCUGCCCCCCCUCCCCAUGGGGUAGAUAGGAGCCUGCAGUCGCCGCUAAAAUCCUACCUAGCCAUCCCAUGGUCACUCGGGCCCAUGCCUUCCUCCCCUUCGCUGUCUGAUUUCUGUUGUUGGGCCCAGCUUCCUCUGAGCUGCACUAGUAUUAGCGCUCAGAAAUCACCAUAAUCAUGAAAAUAAUAAGAAUGAUAAUAAUAAUACUGAUAAUAAAUCUUUAACAUACUACCUAAAGGGAACCUGCAAUAAUCUUGAAAAAAUAAAAAAGAAAUUUUUAAAAAUCCUAAUAUGCAAGAAAAAAAGAGAAAAAGAUUAAAAUUUAAAAAAAAAGAAAGAAACCUCCAACGUAUUUUAUCACUACCUAUAGAAAGAAAUCCUGCUUUGAGAGUAUUCGUAAUGCGGUUUUGUUGUCGUUUGUUGCUGCUUAUUUCACUAAGAAAAACCCAACAACUAAGACUGCCUAGCCCGCCGGUCCUGUGCGCUUUUAUUGUGCUUCUAACCCCAGUAGAGUAGAACUAAAUUGCACUGAAUGUAUAGUUAACUCUGUCUUGAAUUCUCUGUUUAUGCAAUGUGCUCGAAAGAAAAAAAAAACGUUAAAAUAUAUCUAUAAUAAUAAUUUUUGGUCAUUUGUCUUUAUGUCCAGCUAUGAAUGUAGAUUUUGUGUCCCGGCAGCCCUGUUCCUGGUCCAAGUACUUUGUAUUGUAUACGUGAGUCAUAAUAAAAAAAAAAAAAA